AACUCUCUUCUGAGGAAACAAAACUGAUCUGAGUCUCUGUGUCGUCUGUCUGUGUGAGAGUGAACAACCGUCCAAAUGGCUCAGCAGGGAGUUCUGCUGGACCAGGACCAGUUCUGUUGUUCUGUCUGUCUGGAUCUACUGAAGGAACCAGUCACCAUCCCCUGUGGACACAGUUACUGUAGAAGCUGUAUUGAGGACUGCUGGGAUCAGGAUGUUCUGAAAGGGGUCUACAGCUGUCCUCAGUGCAGACAGACCUUCACUCCAAGGCCUACUCUGACGAAAAGUAACAUAUUGGCUGAGGUGGUGGAGAAACUGAAGAAGACAGGACUCCAGGCUGCUCCCCCUCCUGCUCACUGUUAUGCUGGACCUGGAGAUGUGGCGUGUGAUUUCUGCACUGGGACCAGAAAGCAGAAAGCCCUCAUGUCCUGUCUGGUGUGUCUGGCCUCUUACUGUGAGACUCACCUCCAACCUCACUAUGAAUCUCCUGCUUUCAAGAAGCACAAGCUGGUCAAAGCCACCGCACAACUACAGGAGAAGAUCUGCUCUCAUCAUGACAAACUGCUGGAGGUUUACUGUCGUACCGAUCAGCAGUGUAUCUGUUACCUGUGUACAAUGGAUGAACAUAAAGGCCAUGAUACAGUGUCAGCUGCAGCAGAGAGGACUGAGAAACAGAGGCAGCUGGGGAUGAGUCAGCAGAAGGUCCAGCAGAGAUUCCAGGAGAGAGAGGAGGAGCUGAAGGAGCUCCAACAGGCUGUGGAGUCUCUCAAGCGCUCUGCACAGGCAGCAGUGGAGGACAGUGAUCAGAUUUUUACUGAGCUGAUCCGCUCCAUUGAGAGAAGGAGCUCUGAGGUGAAGGAGCUGAUCAGAGCCCAAGAGAAGGCUCAAGUGAGUCAAGCUGAAGGACUCCUGGAGCAACUGAAGCAGGAGAUAGCUGAGCUGAGGAAGAGAAGCACUGAGCUGGAGCAGCUCUCACACACAGAGGAUCACAUCACUUUCCUCCAGAGUUAUCAGUCUCUCUCCAGUAUCAGUGUAUCUUCAGACUUACCCAGCAUCGUUGUCCAUCCUCUUCAGUACUUUGGAGAUGUGAGUAAGACUGUGUCUGAACUGAGAGAGAAACUAGAAGACUUCCUUAAAGGAGAAUGGACCAAGAUCUCCACUACAGUGAAUAUAGUGGAUGUUGUACUGCCUCCAGAGCCCAAGACCAGAGAACAGUUGUUACAAUGUGAGUCUCUUUAUUGUGAAGUAACUAACAGUCUCUUUUUACUGAUACUCCUAACAAUCCCUCUAGAAAUAUAUAGCAAUAAUUCUUGUCAGCUCACACUGGACCCAAACACAGCGAACUCUCACCUCUCUCUGUCUGAAGGGAACAGAAAGGUGGCCUAUACAAGCACAGUCCAGCCAUAUCCUGACCAUCCAGACAGAUUCACAAACAUUUGUCAGGUUCUGUGUAGAGAGGGUCUGUCUGGACGCUGUUACUGGGAGGUGGAGUGGAAUGGUUCAUUGUUUCAUACAGCAGUCUCAUAUAAAGAUAUCGGAAGAACAGAGGAAGAAGAUGAAUUUGGAAGAAAUGACAAGUCCUGGAGUUUAGAGUGCUCUAGAGGGGAUUAUUUCAGUCACAAUAAUGUUAGGACUAAAGUAUCAGGCCCUCAGUCCUCCAGAGUAGGAAUGUACCUGGAUCACAAGGCAGGUACUCUGUCCUUCUACAGUGUCUCUGACACAAUGACCCUCCUCCACAGAGUCCAGACUGCAUUCACUCAGCCCCUCUAUCCUGGGUUUUAUCUCUAUGCUACUGCUGAGCUGGUUCAACUGUAGUAGGGUCCACAUAGAUACUAGUCAU